UCGUCCUAAAUCAAUUUCCUCGUUGUAUUUCUUGGCGUCAUCUUCUUUCUCACAAUCGCUUUUUUAAUAAGAUUAUAUAUUUAUUUAUUAAUUUUGUUUGGAACUCGCCAUCGCCCGCUCGGUCCGCGUCCAGAUCUGAUAAAUUCCCUGUUUCCGGAAGGUUUACAGCUGACUAUGAGCAAUGGCCGUGCUUUUCUAAAGAGGAGACCAGUUCCAUUUUUACCGUUCAUUGUAUCCGUUGUCUCUCUAUCUUGAGAUCUAGGGUUUCAUUUCCCUGGCGGCAUCUUUACGGUUCCGCAACAUUGGCGUGCAGCGAAGGAAAAAAAAUGACGUUCAGUGGUUUCUCUUCUCCUUCAAUCUUGCCGAGGACACAUGGCUGAUUACUUUCCCGAACAAUUAUCCUUUACAUUGGCUAUUUAAAGUUUUUAUUUCUACGGGCGUUGAGCUUGUGCCGAGCAGAUGACUCUUCCAUCGGAAGCCAUUGAUGAUAUCUUUGUUGCCCAUUCGAGGGGGGGAACGGGAGAUGCCAAUGGGGAUUAUGUGGGAUUGGUUCAGUCAGAUGAUGUGGUAAUAGGGGUGCAAGCUCAAUUAACUUCAACAAAAUGGGAUUCUUUGUUAUGGUGGACGAAGUUGGUUUUCUUGUGUAUUUUUCUGGCAAUAGUUACUGCUGCUAUUGUUGUCUUUCUUGGACCGAUCAUUUUAAGAAAGGUGAUUGUACCUAUUCUAAACUGGGAAUCAACAACAUUUAGCAUACCAAUUCUUGGAUUUUUACUUUUUACUUCAAUUGCAUUAUUUCCCGUUAUAUUGCUACCUUCUUCACCUUCUAUGUGGAUGGCUGGAAUGGCAUUUGGCUAUGGUUAUGGCUUUCUACUGAUAAUGUUAGGUUCAAGUAUUGGCAUGUCAGUUCCGUAUUUGAUUGGUUCUUCAUUUCGAAACAGAAUACAGAAAUGGCUGAAGAGAUGGCCAAAUGAAUCAACAAUUAUCAGACUAGCUGGUGCAGGAGAUUGGUUUCAUCAAUUUCGUGCAGUUACAUUAAUAAGGAUCUCUCCAUUUCCAUAUAUUAUUUUCAACUAUGCAUCUGUGGCAACAAAUGUGAGCUAUUGUCCCUACAUAUGUGGAUCUUUGGUGGGUAUAGUGCCAGAGAUUUUCAUAACAAUUUACAGCGGAAGGUUGCUGCGGCGCUUUGCAGAUGCUACUGACGGUGGAAGUUUUCUGUCCUUGCAGCAGCUGAUCUACGAUUUGCUUGGCUUCUUUACUGCUUUAUCUGCCACCAUUGCCAUCACCAUUUAUUCCAAAAGGACUCUCCAUUCUCUCCAGGUUGCGGAGGAACUCCACUAGUUCUCCUUUUAACAGCACGAAAAACAUAACAGUACACUCUUCAUCUGAUUCAAGAUUAAGGCUUCGUUUGGGAUGACUUUCUUACUGUUUUAUAAAUCAAUUUUUUAUUAUAAAAAUUUAGUUUAAGAAGCAGUAAGAAAACUAUCUCAAAUGAAACCUAAGUAAUGCACAUAGAACUAUUCACCACUUCUGUAUUAUUGAAUAUUUUCUAAGAAUAUUUUUUUGCUUCAAAUGUAUCCCAAAGCUUAGUUUUUGUUUUGUUUCUUCCAUACAAACAAAAAAAUAAGUUGGUAACUUAAGUGCAAUGAAGGUUUGGUGAAUAAUUCUGU